GCCUGUCUUUGUCAAUUGUCAUUCAAUGUCAGCGAUAAUGAGAAAAUUCGUUUUCAUAAAAAAAUCCCUUAGCACAGAACACUUUCACUCUAACGAGUCCUUUUCCUUUAGUCCUAACUCCUUCAAUAAUUACUGAUUACUCUAGUUGGCGGUUGUUGCAGAUUAAUUUUCUUUGUCGCUUAGCGAUAUCCCGUUACAAAGUUAGAAACAUUUGUGUUUGGUUUUGAUUUGGAAGUUGCCGUUGUUUAUAUUCUUCAUAAGAUGAUAUCGGACAUAAAUCAGGAUCUACAAGUCAAGAAGUUGAAGAAAUUCUUAGAAGGAUGGCGUUUGGCUCUUGUACCUUUAAAUUCUGUUCUUUUGUGGGAGCAACAUUGGCACCCUUGUGCCAUUAUUGCUACAGCUUCUGUGAUUUACUUUAUAAUUUGGCUUAUUGAUAUGAGUACCCUUGCAACUUUUGCAAUUAUUGGCUCUUUAAUUAAUUUGAUUGAUUUUGUUAUUCCCAUUAUAAGCAACUCCAUUUGCAAACCUGAUUCCUGGACUGGCCAAAAUGAAAAAAUAUUUGAAGAUAUUUGCAAGAAUAUUGUAAGCAACUACAAUUUAACAUGGGAGAAAAUAAAUAACUUCUAUUCUAUGAGAGGAAAUAGCCCAAUUAUGUACUACAUUAUAUCUAUCAGCAUGCUGUGUGUGUUGGCAUGGAUGGCAUCUUCAAUCAAUAAUGUCUUUCUUCUCUAUCUCUUUACAACUGUAUUGCUUUUGUGGCCAGGCAUUCAACACAAAGGAAUUUUCAACACUUUAUUGUCAAUGAUCAACAUGGCACCAAAAAAGGCUAUGAAAUCAGAAUAGACAUGUGGUGUGGUUGUUGCUAAGCUUGGCUUUUUAUGUGAUUUGUGUCUGGUCAUUAUUAUUAAUUUAGUUAGUGGGUUAUGAGUUAGAUGGUUACAUUGCAAGCUUUAAAGUAUUAUGAUCUUUUGGUUAAAUAAGACUGGUAUUUAUAUUA